AUGCUUCAAGUAGCUUCAGAUAUUGUGAAAAAAGAAGGAGGAGUUCAUAAAUUGUGGACAAUUGGAUUGGGAGUUUCAUUCACAAGGAGUUUAUUAUAUUCGAGUUUUAGAAUUGGAUUAUAUGAUCCUAUUAAGGAUUCAUUGGCUAUGUUGAAUGAUGGAAAUACAAAGCAAUUAUCACUUGGAAUGAAGGCAUUUGCUGGUUUGAUAAGUGGUGCAGUUGGAAGUGCAUUAAUGAAUCCUUUAGAUGUUGUGAAAAUUAGAUUUCAAUCAUCGGGAAUAACAGGAUCAGCAAGUACUGUUAAAAAUAAGAAUACAGUGGAUGCAUUGUGGAAAAUUGCAAGGGAUGAGGGAUUUACAGCUCUUUACAAAGGAUCCAUAGUCACAAUGGUCAGAGCUUCGGUUUUGACAGCUGCACAAUUGAGCUCUUACGAUCAUUCCAAAUAUUUAUUAUUGAAGAGUAAUUUAUUCGGCCACACCUUCUCAGAUAACCAUGUUACACAUCUUUGGAGUGCCCUUAUCUCUAGUCUCUGUACAGCUGUGACUAUUUCACCAGUUGAUGUCAUCAAGACCAAGUAUAUGAAUGAUGCCAAAUUGAAAACCAUUUCCCCAACAGGAGAAGUGCUAAAGGGAGGAAAAUAUAAUGGUAUUAUCGAUUGUGUAGUUAAGAGUGUUAAGACUGAGGGUUACAGAGUUUUGUUCAGAGGAUUCCUUCCUUCAUAUGCCAGAUUAUGUCCUCACUUUUUGUUGAGCUUGCCUCUUUACGAACAGUUCAGAAAGUUAUUUGGUGUUCCACCUGUGUAA